AUGGAUAAACGGACCGUGAGGAGUUCUUUUGAAAAUGAUGAAAGAGUAACAAAUCGUACAAAAACUGAUAAGAUAUCAGGUGAAAAAUCAUCCAUUUCUUUUCCCAAGGCUGGUUCUCUUCCUUUUUCGAUAUUGGGUGAAAAUUUAUCCAAUAAUGAAUCCGAAAUAGCAACAAAUUCAGGGAAUUUAGAACAUGGCAAAGGAGAUGGAGUAAAAAUACCAUGA